AGGCGAGACCCAAUUUGCAAUUGAUAUUUGCAUAUAUUGGACGAAAGAAAGGGGAAAAGGAAAAACAAUCGAUUCGUGGCGGUGACGAUUCAACUUUCACUCACCAAACUCUCUCUUGAUUCUUGAAUGGAGUCAUCGUCGUCUUCCACUUCGAAUUCGAACGCGGUGGUUGAUUGUGGAGAGCGAAACUGGCUAGAUCUUCCGCGAGACGUGCUGUGUACGAUUUUCCAGAAGCUUGGCGCAAUCGAAAUCCUGACUUGCGCUCAGCGCGUGUGCUCUGUGUGGCGCCACAUCUCGAAGGAUCCUCUCCUCUGGCGCACCAUCGACAUGUGCAAUUUGGGGGACAUGGACUACGAUUUGGGGAUUAUGUGUCGCCGGGCCAUUGACUAUAGUUCUGGCCACUUGCUCGAUAUCAAUAUCGAGUAUUUUGCCACCGAUGAUCUCCUUCACUAUAUGACUGAUUCUACAAGUCAUCUACAACGCCUACGUCUUGCAUGCUGCAAUCAGAUAUCAAAUGAAGGAUUGUGUGAAGUUGCAAAAAAGCUUCCUCAGUUGGAGGAGCUUGAUAUAUCAAUCAGCAACUUAUCCAAAGAUCCUAUAGAAGCUAUUGGUCGGUGCUGCCCUCACUUAAAAUCCUUGAAAUUUAACAUGGAAGGUUAUAGACGCCCACACAUUGAGUGUGAUGAGGAGGCUUUUGCUAUUGCAGAAACCAUGCCUGAGUUACGGCAUCUCCAGCUUUUUGGAAACAAGAUGACUAAUGAUGGCUUGCUCGCUAUUCUAAAUGGCUGUCCCCACCUUGAAUCUCUUGACUUACGACAGUGUUUCAAUGUUAAUUUGAGUGGAAGUUUGGGGAGGAGAUGUAAUGAACAGAUAAAAGAUUUACGACUUCCAUAUGAUCCCACCGAUGACUACCCAUUUGAAGCCGAAAUUGAUUUUGGAUCACUUGAUGAAGAUUACCCAUCUGGGAUCUCAGACAUAGAUUUCUUGUCCGAUGAUGAUUAUGAGUAUUAUGAAUUCUCAGGUGGGAGUGACUUUUCUGAAUAUGAUUAUGAUCAUUAUUAUGACUUUUGACAAAUUUAAAACAUUUCAGCACAAAGAAAACUGGUGCUGUGAAUAUUUCAGUUACUACUCUUCAUUCUCUCUCUCUCUAACUCUGGGAUCAAAAGAAAGUAAGGAAAUACUCCGCAGUGCAAUCCAUUAAAGUAUCCUCGACCAUCUAAUGGUACUCAAUGUAGUUUUCUUUUAGUGAAAUUGAUAGGUGGAGACAACAUGGGCAGAUAGCUGAUAAUCAUCUGGAACCUUUGUGAAUCGCUUUCACUUUCUGGGAUGUGUAUUUGUCUGAAAUAUGUAAGAAGCAAUUUCUUGUCUUUAUGCUGAAAAUAUGUGACUCUGAACUUCGGUUUUCUUAAAUUUUUUGGGUAAGUGCAUUUAAUCUUCUACGAAUUCCCUGGUUUGAGUGAGUUGGAGUAAAAUAAAAUGUGUAGCUUUUUGAAAUACUAGUGAUAAAGCUUCUGCCUGAGCUAAUACCGUCAAGGGCAAUUACAUCAAUGUCAAUAUAGUUGUAUAGAAGUCC